AUGCAAGCGCAGACACAAUGUUUUAAUGCUCCACAGGCUGUACAGUUAAAGGCCUCUCUGAUUCUUAAUUCGCCGCAAUUAGCACAUCUACGUUUCCCUAAUCCCACAAAUCGGUUAAAUUUAUAUUUGCAAACUAUGCAGGCACAGCUUCCAGAUGCCAUACUAGAAGAAAGACCGAAUAUUCUGAUUGAUAAAAGUACUGACAGAUGA